AUGACUUGCCACGCCGACUGCCAGCCUCCCCCGCUCCGCGGGAGCGGGGCGUCUCCGUCUCCGCGCUCGUCUUCAGAGGCCUCGACAGCCGCUGCUCCGCUCUCCUCGCUCUCGUCGAGCAGCAUCGAGUGCCCGCAGAACGGCGGAACUGCGCUGGGUGCAUGCGCCCCGGUCUCCGUCCAGGCCUUCCUCGCGUACGAAGUCUCUCGCGAGUCGCACAUGAUGGCUCGGCGCGAGGCGAGUGAAGCCGCGAAGGCGCCGGCCCCAGGCAGUGGUCUGCUGGACGGGUUCGAAGAAGAGAAAGGCGAAGCGGCGAGGGCGAGCGCGGAACUCGCAGUAAUCCUCCCCAAGGCGAAGGAAAUCGCCGCCCGUCUCGCCGCUGUCCCCCUCGGCGUCGAGUCCGGCCGAGUUGACGCGCUCGAUGCAGAGGCCGUCGAAGUCGGAUCCACCAACCGCAUGGUUCGCGUGUGGAACAGAAAAGACCCGAAAAAAUCUUGCGCCGUCAAAUUCUUCGGGAAGCAUACGGGGAAGUACAUCAACCGAAAUAAGGAACUGCGGCUCCUGAGCCUGCUGGGAGCUAACGACGUGGGCAAGGAGAUUUUUGCAACCUUCGAGGAAGGAGGUGGUGGGUUGAUUGAAAGCUGGCUUACGGGGGCAAGUUUGGAGCCGACGGACCUGCUCCGAGAGUCUGCGAAGAUUGCGAGCGAGAUGGCGCGGAUGCAUGCAAUUGACGCAAAGCCCGAGUGUCUCUUGGCUUCCACUCCAACUUCUCCAACCUCGAGGCUUUCCGAGCCGACGCGAAGCGAGGCGGACGACGGCGCACCGACCCAGGAGAGCAACUCCGAUCUCUGGAAAUAUCUGUGGAAAUUCCUCAACCUGUGCAAAGAAGAGCAAGAGAGUGCGAAGCGUGGCGAGACAGCCGCGGGAUCCUCUCCCGACGCGCGUCCAGAGAACGCAGACUGCCCAAGGCGAACUGUUUUUGCUCGUCGAAUUCUUCUGUUCGACUUGGAGAUGAUCGAGGAGCGCCUUCGGCAGCUGCAGGCGCUCGCGAAGGAGGUCCAGUCUCCCAUCGUCUUGUGCCACGGUGAUCUCCUUUCAGGAAACAUCAUCAAAACCGACGAGGGAGACGUGCGUUUCAUCGACUUUGACUACUCCGGAUUCAUGGAGCGUGGCUUCGACAUUGCGAACCACUUCGCCGAAUAUUCAGUGACAUGCAGUACCGAGGAAGCGUCUCCGUUUCUCUCUGCAGGCGUCGAGUGCGACUUCAGCAGGUGCCCUACGGAGGCGGAGCGCGACGCCUUCCUGCGAACUUACGUGCGUGCCUUGCGGCUGCGAGAGCGACGAGCACAGGCGGAUUCUCCAGCUGCAGAGAACGGCCAAGACGUGGAGGCAGAAGUCGCGAUGCUCCGCCGCGAAAUCAAAGUUUUCUUCCCCCUCAGCAACAUUCUGUGGGGUUUGUGGGCUCUCAUCCAGGCUGUCCACGUGAAGCCGAGGGAGAUGAAUUACUGGAGAUUCGCCCUGGACCGCCUCACUGCGGCAAUUGCGCCGCCGGUGCCGCACUUGUCGUUCUGA